AAAAAAUCAUUUCUAAUCUUCUUUGCAAUAACGCAUCGUCAUGGCCACUUUCAACAGUACAUCCUCUUCAAACUCUUAUGGCACCAUCUACCAACCCAAGAUUGAUCUCUCAAAGCCAAGAUUUGAUCAGUCUACAUAUCUCGGUCGUGUAAGGCAUUUUGUCCAGGUGACCUCGCCCUUGAACCUCUUUGUGACGAGACAAGGACUAGAGGAUGCCAAGAAUUUAAUUAAUGAUUACAAUACAGGCAAGAUCAAUGUCAACCUCGAUCCUGCGAAAUUAUGGAGGGCAAAGGAGAUUUGUGAUUCAACGCUUCAUCCAGACACAGGCAAACCUAUUUUGUUGCCGUUCCGUAUGUCAUGCUUCGUACCAACAAAUCUGUUGGUCGCGGCAGGCAUGCUGAUGCCUAAUCCAUCUAUCAAGUCUAUCAUUUUUUGGCAAUGGGCCAAUCAAUCUGUCAAUGUCGCCUUCAACUAUGCAAAUGCUAAUAAGACAACAGAAAUGAACAUGAAGGAGACUGCGGUUGCCUAUGCAUCUGCGGUAUCAACCUCCUGCUUCUUGGCUGUGGGAUUGAAUCAAUUAGUUCCAAGAUUAACAUCCAUCUCCCCUGGUGUUCGCACGAUCCUUGGGCGCCUUGUUCCCUUUACUGCUGUUGCUGCUGCAGGAACUGUCAAUGUCUUCUUGAUGCGCGGCAAGGAGAUCAGUGAUGGCAUCGAUGUCUAUGAUCAUGAAGGAAAAUCAGUGGGCAAGUCUCAAAAAGCAGGAUUGUCUGCGAUUUCACAAGUGGCGAUUUCUCGUAUUUUGACCAAUUUCCCAGUAUUGACCAUCCCACCAUUGGUACUUUCACAAUGGGAAAAGACAACAUGGUCACAAAAAUACCCCCGCGCUUUAGUCCCCCUCAACUUGGCGGUCAUCUCAGCCUGUCUGAUGACCGCAUUGCCAUUGGCAAUCGCAGCAUUCCCACAAUACGCUAAUGUAGACGUCAAAACCUUAGAAGAGCGGUUCUGGAAUUUGAAGGAUUCCAAGGGUGAACCCAUCAAUACCUUGACAUACAACAAGGGCUUGUAA